UUUUUGGGCUUAUGUGUGUUUGAUCUGUCUCUGUGACUGUGUGCAUGACUAUGGUAUUGGAACUUUGUUGUUGAAUCCAUUUGUUGUUAGUAUCAUUAUCGUGACAGGAGGAACAGACUUUCCAAAAUAUUCCAAUCUGGAAUUCACACUGAAGGUGUCAAUAUCUCCAAAUGGUGGUGGUUGUUCUGCUGUCAAGGCAACCUGAAGACAAGUGUGUCAUCUCAGGGUUGAUCUCACAGCAAGGACAGAGCAGAGACAAUACCAGUGCUAUCAGUGUAUGAGUUUGCUUGAGACUGAGGAGCAACACUGAGGCCCAUUGAGAUCUACUGGGACUGGAAGGAGUUUCUCCACACAUGGUAUAUUAUAGACAGAUCAUAAGACAUAUUUCCAUCUAUUCAGGGAAAUAAUGAAAAACGUAGUUCGAGAGUUUACAUUCAGUAAUGCUAAUACCUAGGAUAUGCAUUUGCAUGGUAGUACCUAUGUAAUUACAGUGUAGAAACACAUUGUUGCUACAUACAGGUAACUGCCAAAAUAAUGGAAGCACUUGAGGGAUGCAAAGUACUGUAUAUUGAAGACAGGUUCUUCCACACAGGUGUGGUUCCUGGGUUAAUUAAACAAUGAACAUCCCAUCAUGCUUAGGAUCAUGUAUAUCAUGUAUAUUAUUUUGGCUUCCAUUUCUUUGUCCGCAUAGGAUGAGAAUGCCCCCAUCCACAGGGCACGAAUGGUCAAUGAAUGGUUUGAUGAGCAUGAAAACGAUGUAAACCACAUGCCCUGGUCAUUUCAGUCACCCGAGCUCAACCCAAUUGAACACUUAUGGGAGUUUUCCACCACCAUCAACAAAACACAAAAUUAUGGUAUUUCUUGUGGAAGAAUAGUGUUGCAACCUUCCGAUAGAGUUCCAGACACUUGUAGAAUCUAUGCCAAGGUGCAUGGAAGCUGUUCUGUCUCGUGGUGGCCCAACACCCAAAUAAGACACUUUGUGCUGGUGUUUCCUUUAUUUUGGCAGAUGCCUACCUGCUAUACCUAUACUUGAAGCAACCCUUAAAAUGUGAGGCACAAUGUUCUAUUUGAUAUUCAUUUGAACAUUUUCCUUCCCCUAUAUAACCAAUGCAGAAUGGAUCACCUGAAAAGCAAAAAAAAAAAAAAACGUAUUACUUGUUUAAAAAAACAUAUCUUUCUCUGGGUAAUUGUGUUAGUAUAUAAUUUCCCAUUUUUUGCAUGAAAUAUAGCUCAGUAUUUGAAUUAUUUAUUUGAUAUCGUUUUUUUGCGAAUCUUUAUCAAGGGUGACAAUAAUUUGUGUGGUGACUGUGGUGCCAAAUUGCCACGCUUCCACCUACAAAGUCAAAGAGCAAAAGAAGGAAAGCAAAUAUUGUGAAAGCUGUUAUUCAAAAGAAAAUCUAGUCAACCUGAUUAAGAUUUGGUUGCGAAAUAGAGCGGGUAACAAUAUUUUCAAAAACAAUACGUAAUCCCAGAGGACACCGCUCCUUUUACUGCAUUACCUAAUCCCAUCAACCAUUGCGGGAGGCGGGAACAAUGCUGGUUGUCCACGCAACGUGCAUGUCAUUACAAAAAGUAACGCCCAUCACAUCAUCUCAAACCAAUAGGAAGCCUUAGAAAUUACAUCAUUGUUAUUUUCAGUGUAGCAGCAGCAUAGAAGUGGAUAAAGUUCGUCUCCACGUUGGAAGUGCUAGAAAGUACAUUGUAUCGAGUGAGAUACAGCAUCUGCUUAGAAAAGAAAAGCUUUAUUUCAGUUGGCAAAUCGAAUAAAACAAUUCUUAAUUGAAAAGACGUAUAUCGAUUGAGGAAGUGAAUAUUUUUGUUUGAUACUAUUCUUCUUUUAUCAAGUCUCAAGAAAAGUUUCCACGUAGGACAUCAAAAGUUGUCCUCCGUCUUGAGUUUCGAAUAUUAGUCUACUUGUCCUAAAAUUGUCAAAAGAUUGGGGACAUCGGAUUGCAGUUUAUCACUCCAAAUUGUUUAUUGCAAUUUCAACAGUUGAUGCGUUUAUUUUUUCCCAACAACUAUCUUCGAGAUAAAGACCAGUCAAUUGAUGCCCACCAAAAUGGAAGCUACAUUCUAUGACGAAUCGGUAAAUGGUCAGCAAGGCGCCGUGGGUGGAUAUCAUGGGUUUAACCCGAAUAGUAUGAAGCAGAGUAUGACACUGAACCUCAACGACCCUAAAAUGUUUAAACCUCAUCUGCGGGCGAAAGCUAUCGAUAUACUGACGUCCCCUGAUGUGGGAUUAUUAAAACUGGCCUCUCCGGAAUUGGAAAGGCUCAUCAUCCAGUCCUGCAAUGGUUUGACGACUCCGACCCCAACUCAGUUCCUCUGUCCCAAGAACAUCACCGACGAGCAAGAGGGUUUUGCUGAGGGUUUCGUGAGGGCGCUCGCGGAGCUUCAUUAUCAACAGCAUAUGCCUAAUGGCAGUUGUGACUCUCAGACGAAUGCUUCCAACGACAUGGCAUCCGCAUCUACUGUAUUGGACAGUCCUAUACCCUACAGCUGCACCGUGCGCCCCGAGCCACCGGAAUACACAAACUUGGGCCUUUUCAAUCGGGCUGUCAGCUCUGCGUCGGCACCUACCGGCGACAGACACUCUUCCGCCAGUUACACGUCCGUCCCGUCCCAAACCCACAUCGAGACCCAGCUGCCAGCCCAGCACCCACGGCUACAGCCAUUCAAAGAGGAGCCACAGACGGUGCCCGAGAUGAGCGGCGAUACCCCUCCGAUGUCUCCUAUCGACAUGGAGAGCCAGGAGAGGAUAAAGGCCGAGAGAAAGCGCAUGAGGAACAGGGUGGCCGCGUCUAAAUGCCGGAAAAGGAAGCUGGAGAGGAUCUCGAGGCUGGAGGACAGGGUCAAAAACCUGAAGACGCAACACACAGAGUUGGUCUCUUCUGCCAACGUGCUCCGGGACGAACUGGCACUGCUCAAACAGAAGGUCAUGGACCAUGUUAACAGCGGGUGCCAACUCAUAUUGACGCAGCAGCUCCAGGCGUUCUGAACAGCCAUAAGACAUUGCGGUUUGAGUGAGAGACUUUUCGUUAUGGGACCAAACGCAGCUCAUAUAGGGGCGUGUUCUUCGUCUUUGCGCCCUGACAGAAUGGCGACAAGAAAAAUAUACGUAUUCGUGGAAUAAAUGGGCUAGUGGUGGCUACGGCCAACAAACAGUGGCAAUGCCUGUUGAUCGAUUACGAGUUCUGACAUUGUCUAGUAUGUAUAUAGACCAAGUCUAGCACUGAGUUUUCUUACCAGCGACACGUUGUACAAUGUAACACUAUAACGUUACGAGACAUUGCUUUAUUGACACACCUUGUGCGAGGAUUGACCCAGAGGUGUUUGUACAAGGACUGACACAAAGCUGCCUUACUUUCUUAACAUUUACAUUAAUACCAUUUUGUGAAAAGGUUCAAACAAUUGUUAGACCUGAAUGAAUACUUUAUCAUAAUACUAUUUUUAUGCCUGUCUUUUGAGCACUUCAGAAAAUACAAAUAUACGACAAAUACAAUGUGGAAUAAAAAGUCAUGAAUUGAGAA